CAGCGGUGGUGAACUGUUACCAUGAGUGUCACCAUCUGUGGUGACAGUCAUAAGAGGAGCCACCAGGUGUUGUCUGGCCCCUGCACACAGACUCCUUCUGGUGUCAUUAGCUGGAGGGGAGAACGAGGUCCAGGGACACCCAGGAAGACGAGCUUGACAGAGUUCACUUUCAACACCGACUCUUUUGCUGAGCAACAAGAUCUUCACCCUGGAACGCUCCAAGAUGUUCUUCCGGAUCCCUAGGUUGACUCCUGGGUACAUACGAUAUCUGCGGACCCAGGCCAUGCUGAACAUGAACCAGAAGGCAGGGGAAGAUGGGGUAAUGGUCAUGCCCCGCCUGGCUGUGCUUCUGGGGGCUCUGGGGAUCGGCAUGUGUGGCUACAGCUCCAAACAGCUGGCCCUCCACCACCGCCCCUCCGCCCGCUUCCUGCAGUGGACCAGCCCACACACAGACUCCGCAACCAGCUCACUGGCCCAGGCGAGGGUAGCCCCAUCCUUCAUGGAGCUACCACGCCGCUCCAGUGGCUGUCAGGAUGUCCCGCCUCCCUCCUUUGCUAUCCAGAAAGUGAAUCCUUAAAAUACGCAACUCUGUGUUCGAAUGUCUCAACAUUUGUCCUGAAUUCUGUAUAUUCAUAGACAGGUUUGGAUGAUCUUUCAUCCACUGUAACAUAACUGACCUAUAGGAAAUUACGGUGUGCAAUUACUCAGCACAUCUGUGCAAUAUGUUCAGUCACUCGAUUAGCAGUGAUUGAUCGAACGAGUAAAUUGAGACUUCUUUGCGAUUGCUUAGUGAGGUCAGCAAUAAAGUGUCAUCUUAAAUAGUUUC